GAAUGUAUACUAGUAAGUUCACUGGAUUACCGAUAAACCCUGAAUGCAGCGGUACGGUGUCUCCCAUGCCAUCAACAUAUUGCACGCUCUUUGCCAGUAUUGAGAAGAGAUGGGAAAGCGAGGUGAUAGCAUGCUAGCAACACAGAAAGCGUAGUCUAACGGCAUAAGGACGAAAUAGUCGUUAAAUUGUUUGCGUUAUUGUUAAUUUUGGAGAAUCUGGCAAAAUGGUGAAGGAGCAAUUCAGAGAGACAGAUGUGGCCAAAAAAAUAAGCCAUAUAUGCUUUGGGAUGAAAUCUGCUGAGCAGAUGCGUAAGCAGGCCCACAUCCAGGUGGUCAGUAAGAACCUGUAUAGCCAAGACACCAAACACUCUCCACUGCCCUAUGGAGUGCUGGACCACCGUAUGGGUACCAGUGAGAAAGACAGACCAUGUUUAACAUGUGGGAAGAAUCUGGCAGAUUGUUUGGGACAUUAUGGCUACUUGGAUCUGGAGCUGCCUUGUUUUCAUGUUGGCUAUUUCAAAGCCACCAUUGGAAUCUUACAGAUGAUUUGCAAGACAUGUUCAAGCAUAAUGCUGUCAAAAGAAGAGAAACUGCAGUUCAUGGAUUACUUGAAGAGGCCAAACCUGCCCUACCUCCAGAAACGAGGGUUGAAGAAAAAAAUCUCUGAUAAAUGCCGCAAAAAGACAAUCUGUCUGAAUUGCUCCGCCUUCAAUGGGCCAGUGAAAAAGUGCGGUCUGCUGAAGAUCAUCCAUGAGAAGUAUAAAACAACCAAGAAAGUGGUGGAUUAUUUUGUGUCUGAUUUUCUGCAGUCCUUUGAUAUCGCCGUUGAGCACAACAAAAUGAUGGAGCCGCUGACCAGAGCACAGGAAAACCUGAACCCUCUGGUGGUAAUGAACCUGUUCAAGAGGAUUCCCCAAGAGGACAUCCCCUUGCUGGUGAUGAACCCUGAGGCGGGCAAACCUGCAGACCUCAUCCUCACCCGCCUCCUGGUGCCUCCUCUCUGCAUACGACCCUCUGUGGUUAGUGACCUGAAGUCGGGCACCAAUGAGGACGACCUCACCAUGAAGCUCACAGAAAUAAUCUUCCUCAACGAUGUCAUCAAAAAGCAUCGUAUGAAUGGGGCAAAAACCCAGAUGAUCAUGGAGGACUGGGACUUCCUCCAGCUGCAGUGUGCCCUGUACAUUAACAGUGAGCUUUCUGGCAUUCCCCUCAACAUGGCACCUAAGAAAUGGACCAGAGGCUUUGUUCAGAGACUCAAGGGGAAGCAAGGUCGCUUCAGAGGAAACCUCUCAGGGAAAAGAGUGGACUUCUCUGGCAGAACUGUUAUUUCUCCUGACCCAAACUUGAGGAUAGAUGAGGUGGCGGUCCCUGUGCAUGUGGCCAAAAUCCUGACAUACCCAGAGAGGGUGAACAAAGCAAAUCUGGAGCUAAUGAGGAAACUUGUUCGCAACGGUCCUGACGUUCACCCCGGAGCCAACUUUAUCCAGAAUCGUUACACACAGAUCAAGAGGUUUUUGAAAUAUGGGAACCGUGACAAGAUUGCUCAGGAACUGAGGAUUGGUGACAUGGUUGAAAGGCACCUGAUAGAUGGAGACAUUGUCCUCUUCAAUCGGCAGCCCUCUCUGCACAAACUCAGCAUUAUGGCUCACAUUGCCAGAGUCAAACCUCACAGGACAUUUCGGUUCAACGAGUGUGUGUGCACCCCAUACAACGCCGACUUCGAUGGUGAUGAAAUGAACCUCCAUCUACCUCAAACUGAAGAAGCCAAAGCCGAGGCCUUGAUCCUGAUGGGGACUAAAGCUAAUCUUGUCACUCCAAGAAAUGGUGAACCUCUGAUUGCUGCUAUUCAGGACUUUCUGACAGGGGCUUAUCUCUUGACGCUGAAGGACACCUUCUUCGACAGAUCAAAAGCCUGCCAGAUAGUUGCAUCAAUCCUGGUGGGCAAAGAUGAAAGAGUCCGGGUCUCUCUUCCUCAUCCUGCUAUUAUGAAGCCCAUGGCUUUGUGGACGGGCAAACAGCUUUUCAGCCUCAUUCUGAAGCCGAGUAAAGAAUGUUCAGUCAAGGCCAAUCUGCGGACCAAGGGCAAACAGUACUGUGGCAAGGGAGAGGAUCUUUGUUACAAUGACUCAUUUGUGGCGAUCCACAACAGUGAGCUGAUGUGUGGUACCAUGGACAAAGGCACUUUGGGAUCUGGCUCCAAGAACAACAUCUUCUACAUCCUGCUGAGGGACUGGGGGCAGCUGGAGGCUGCUAACGCCAUGUCACGCUUGGCGAGACUUGCUCCAGUAUAUCUCUCCAACCGAGGCUUUUCUAUCGGCAUCGGUGACGUGACACCUGGCCAGGGUCUGCUGAAAGCCAAGCAGGACCUUCUGGAUGAUGGCUACAAGAAAUGUGAUGAAUACAUUGAAGCUCUGGAGACGGGAAAGUUGCAGCAGCAGCCAGGCUGCACAGCAGAGGAGACUCUGGAAGCUCUCAUCUUGAGAGAGCUGUCCGUCAUCAGAGACCGAGCUGGCAGCGCCUGCCUCAGGGAGCUCGACAAGAGCAACAGCCCUCUGAUCAUGGCUCUCUGUGGCUCCAAAGGAUCCUUCAUUAAUAUCUCCCAGAUGAUUGCCUGUGUGGGUCAGCAGGCCAUAAGUGGCUCUCGAGUACCGAAUGGUUUUGAGAAUCGCUCCCUCCCUCACUUUGAAAAGCACUCAAAGCUGCCUGCUGCUAAAGGCUUUGUAGCCGACAGCUUCUAUUCUGGCCUGACGCCUACAGAGUUCUUCUUCCAUACCAUGGCUGGCAGGGAGGGGCUGGGGGACACUGCUGUGAAAACCGAGACUGGAUACAUGCAGAGACGACUGGUAAAGUCCCUGGAGGAUUUGUGCUCACAGUAUGACCUGACAGUACGCAGCUCUACCGGUGACAUCAUUCAGUUUAUUUAUGGUGGUGACGGUCUGGACCCCGCUGCAAUGGAGGGAAAGGAUGAGCCGCUGGAGUUUAAGAGAGUCCUAGACAAUAUCCGGGCGGUUUAUACAUGUCCAGAUGAGCCUGCACUUAGUCAAAAUGAGCUGGUCCUCACUGCAGAUGCCAUCAUGAAGAGAGAGGACUUCUUGUGUUGCAGAGACAGCUUCUUGGAGGAGAUUAAAAAAUUUAUUAAGAGCAUCUCAGAAAGGAUCAAGAAGACCCGAGACAAGUAUGGCAUCAAUGACAAUGGCACCAGUGAGCCAAAGGUUCUUUACCAGCUGGACCGUAUUACCCCAACCCAGCUGGAGAAAUUUCUUGAAACCUGCAGAGACAAGUACAUGAGAGCUCAGAUGGAGCCAGGCUCAGCAGUAGGGGCCCUGUGUGCUCAGAGUAUCGGAGAACCUGGUACUCAGAUGACCCUGAAGACCUUCCACUUCGCUGGUGUAGCGUCCAUGAAUAUCACUCUGGGAGUGCCUCGCAUUAAAGAGAUCAUUAAUGCAUCCAAGAACAUCAGCACCCCUAUAAUCACUGCUCAUUUGGACGUGGAAGACGACGCUGACUUUGCCAGACUGGUGAAGGGAAGGAUCGAGAAAACUCUUCUGGGAGAGAUUUCUGAGUACAUAGAAGAGGUUUUUCUACCUGAUGACUGUUUCAUUCUGGUGAAACUGUCGCUGGAGCGAAUAAGGCUGCUGCGACUGGAGGUAAAUGCAGAAACGGUGCGUUACUCUAUCUGCAUGUCCAAACUGAGAGUGAAACCUGGAGACAUUGCUGUGCAUGGCGAGGCGGUGGUGUGUGUGUCUCCACGAGAGAACAACAAAAGCUCCAUGUACUAUGUGUUGCAGUCACUAAAAGAAGAACUUCCUAAGGUGGUGGUUCAGGGAAUACCCGAGGUUGCCCGAGCCGUCAUUCACAUUGAUGAGCAGAGUGGCAAGAACAAGUACAAACUCCUGGUGGAGGGGGACAACCUGAGAGCUGUCAUGGCAACGCACGGAGUGAAUGGAAGCAGGACCACUUCAAACAAUACAUAUGAGGUUGAGAAGACCUUGGGUAUUGAGGCUGCUAGAUCUACGAUCAUCAAUGAGAUUCAGUACACCAUGGUGAACCACGGAAUGAGCAUUGACCGACGUCACGUCAUGCUUCUUGCAGAUCUCAUGUCCUAUAAGGGAGAGAUACUUGGAAUCACCAGGUUCGGUUUAGCCAAGAUGAAGGAGAGUGUCCUCAUGUUGGCCUCCUUUGAGAAAACAGCCGAUCAUCUCUUCGAUGCUGCCUAUUUUGGACAAAAGGAUUCUGUCUGUGGGGUGUCUGAGUGCAUAAUUAUGGGGAUUCCAAUGAAUAUUGGAACGGGGCUGUUUAAACUCCUACACAAGGCUGACAAGGAUCCCUCUCCAGUCACAAGGCCUCUCCUCUUUGACAGUGCAGACUUCCAUAUACCUCUGAUCACAUAGCAUUGAAGUAAGAAACAGCAGCUAUAUUUUGAAGUUGCUUUUUUUUCCCCGCGUUUGCGUCUAAAUAUAGAAGUGCCUAUGACUGUGUCAGAAUUUCCUUUUUGGGGCUCUAACAGAAAACAGGGUUGUCUCUCCUGUUUUGACCUAAUGUUUUUGUUGGUACCACCCUGUCAGAGCGCAUCACUUCAUUUUAGUUAUUUAAGACUGUAGAAUUGCUUACUGUUUCAGUUCAAGUCUGAAGAGAAUACAGAACACUUUACAUGCUUCAAACACUUGUUAUAAACUGCUUUUGAACAGUGUUUUUGCUCUGUUAAGAUGUAACAUAAUGCUACAUUCCCUCAAGGUAAUGGCACAGAACACUGAAUUCUAAGCUUUUGGCAGUGUUUUGUAUGUAUAACAAAGACCUGGUUAUUUAAAGUGUAAUAAAGAUUACC